AUGGGCAAGGACCAGGAGCUGAUCCAGGCGGUGAAGGCGGAGGACGUCGGCGCGGUGCAGAAGCUGCUGCAGAGGCCCAAGCCGGGCAAAGCCAAGCUCCUCGGAUCGACCAAACGGGUGAACGUGAACUUCCAGGACACAGAUGGGUUCUCCGCUUUGCAUCACGCCGCCCUUAACGGCAACACGGAACUCAUCCUGUUGCUUCUGGAGGCCCAGGCUGCGGUGGAUAUCAAGGACAACAAAGGGAUGCGCCCAUUGCAUUACGCUGCCUGGCAAGGGAAGAAGGAACCCAUGAAGCUGGUGCUGAAGGCCGGCUCCUCGGUCAACAUCCCGUCAGACGAGGGACAGAUCCCUUUGCACUUGGCGGCCCAGCAUGGACACUACGACGUGGUAAGAGGCGGUGCUAAGCAAUCUCCACCAGAGGAGCACCACGAAACGCUUUUGCUCCAGGCCGGCAUAGACAUUAACCGUCAAACGAAGGCUGGAACCGCCUUACACGAAGCGGCUCUGUGUGGCAAGACGGACGUGGUGCGCCUCCUCCUGGAUAGCGGGAUCAAUGCCCACAUCCGGAACACCUACAGCCAGACUGCCCUGGACAUUGUCCACCAGUUCACGGCCACGCAAGCCAGCAAGGAGAUCAAGCAGAUGCUGCGAGACGCUUCGGCCGCCCUGCAGGUCAGGGCCAUGAAAGAUUACUGCAACAACUAUGACCUGACCAGCCUCAAUGUGAAAGCUGGGGACAUCAUCACGGUCCUGGAGCAGCAUGCCGACGGCCGAUGGAAAGGCUGCAUACACGACAAUCGGACAGGCAACGACCGCGUGGGAUACUUCCCGUCCACCCUGGUCGAAGCCAUCAGCAAACGCACAGGUUCCCGGGGGUCAGAUGCCAGCCCGUCCCACUUGUCCCCUGGAAGCUCUGCGAGCACGCCGGCCCCCGCAGAAGAAAUCUGGGUGCUCCGGAAGCCCUUUGCAGGAGGCGAUCGCAGCAGCGUGGGCAGCUCUGGAAGCAUCACCAGUGGACGGAGCUCGGGCAGCGGCCAGAGCACUGGAAGUGGAGGGCAUGGGGCCCUUCACCCUGGUUCCGAAGGCGUGAAGCUGCUGGCAACUGUCCUUUCCCAGAAGGCGUCUGUGCAAGAAUCUGCUGUGAGCGACGGGCCUGCCAAGGCGGUGGAGACACCCGCAGGUUCUUCCCGGACGCCAGGAUUGGGCAGCACGCCCUACCCCAGCCAGCCCUAUGGGGACCAGCAGGUCAAGAAGGUGGAGCCACAGUCCGAGGGGAAGAGCUCCGAGGCCGUCUACCAGUGGCUGUACAAGUUUCAGCUACAGCUCUACGCCUCCAACUUCAUCAAUGCUGGUUAUGACAUUCCCACCAUCAGCCGGAUGACCCCCGAGGACUUGACAGCCAUUGGGGUCACCAAGCCGGGACACAGAAAGAAGAUCGCCUCUGAGAUCAACAUCCUGAACAUUCCUGAGUGGCUUCCAGAAUACAAGCCAGCAAACCUGGCCCUCUGGCUCUCCAUGAUUGGUCUGGCACAGUAUUACAAAGUCCUGGUGGAAAAUGGCUACGAGAACAUCGAUUUUAUCACCGAUAUCACCUGGGAGGAUCUGCAGGAGAUCGGCAUCAUCAAACUGGGCCACCAGAAGAAGCUGAUGCUAGCUGUGAAAAAGUUGGCAGAGAUCCAGAAAGCGGAAUACAUCAAGUAUGAAUCUGGGACACUGAAGAAAAAGGGUGCACCACAGUCCCAGGACACGGUGGCCAUAGAGUCUCCUCCGCAGGAAACGGCCGAAUGCCAGUCCCCCAAGAUGUCCACUUUCCAGGAUAGCGAGCUGAGCAAUGAACUGCAGGUGGCCAUGACGGGCACCAGUGAAGAGGGGCCCGAGAAACAGGCCAACCAUGUGACGCACUUCCGGGACGGGGCUGUUUACCGGCAAGCCUCCCGCCUUAUCCAUGAGAACAGCCUGAGUGGGAGAGCUAAGCUGAUUAGUAGCUCCCAGGAACUGCUGGGAGAUGGACCCAAAUCUCCUGGCCCUUCAGCGUCCAAAAGCCAGGAGCACCUAGCAGAAGAGGGGAAGGAGCCUCCGGCCACCCUGCCCAAGGAAGUGCGUAGCCUCCGACAUGGCCACAGCAUCAAGAGGGCAAGCGUCCCACCGGUGCCUGGAAAACCCCGGCAAUCCUUCCCUCCAGCUGCAGGCCACUACACCCCUCCGCAAACUCCCACCAAGCCCCGCCCAUCCUCUCCUCAGGCUUUCGGGGUGCCCCACGCCACGGCCAAAGUCAAACCCACGCCACAGUUGCUGCCGCAAACCGACCGACCCAUGUCUCCUCGUUCACUGCCUCAGUCUCCGACACACCGGGGUUUUGCCUAUGUCCUGCCGCAACCUGUAGAGGGAGAGGCUCAGGCUGCAGGCCCCUUGGCUCAAGCUGUGCCGGUCCUGCCCAUCUCCAUCCCGGUGCUGUGCCUGCCACCCCAGGCUGCAGAGAGUGAGGAGGAGGCAGGUCGGCCCAAGAAGAGAGCCCACAGUCUGAAUCGCUAUGCAAUGUCGGACAGCGAGCAGGAGCGGGACGAGCUGAUGGUGCCAGAUGCUGGGCCCUACGCCACUGUUCAACGGAGGGUCGGGCGCAGCCAUUCUGUCCGGGCACAGUCGGGCGCUGACAAGAACGUGAACCGCAGCCAGUCCUUUGCUGUGCGGCCCAAGAAGAAGGGUCCUCCACCUCCACCGCCCAAGCGUUCUAGCUCUGCCAUCUCCAGCAACAACAUGACAGAUGAUUUUAGCAAAGAGGGAGAGGAGGGAGAAGAGCUGGACCAGAAGCAGCUGAGUGACGGGGGCACCAUAGAGACAGGCAGUGCUGGGAGUGUAAAGAGCAUUGCUGCCAUGUUAGAAAUGUCAUCGAUCGGUGGAGGGGGGCGGGCUCUUGCCCUGCAAAAGGGGGGUGAUGGGUACUAUUUGCAGCCUGGUGUGGUUGUAAGCUCAGCCAGUCCGGAACAUGCCCGUGUUGCAACUGUUCUGGCCACCGUCAAGCACAAAGAGGCCAUCGGACUAGACGGAGAAGUGGUGAACCGCCGACGCACCAUCAGUGGCCCUGUGACUGGGCUUGUGGCAGCUGCUCGUCAGCACAGUGGGAGCGCCCCGCAGAACGGUGAAAAUAUCCCCUUUGCUGAGGAGGGCAGCCUGACUAUCAAGCAGCGUCCCCGACAGAUGAGCCUCACCAAGGCUGAAGGCGGGGAAGGCUUGGGCCAUCGGCACAGCGACCUUUCCAGAGUGGAGGCCAGCGCCACUCUCAAGCGGAGGAUCCGGGCAAAGCAGUGUCAACAGGACAAUGUGAAGUUCAUCCUCACGGAAUCAGACACUGUGAAGAGGCGGCCAAAGUCGAAAGACAAGGAGCAGGAGCUGGCCCAGCUCUCAGUGUAUCACAAUGGCAUGGGCACAGUCAAGCGCCGGCCGACCUCUGAGAUGAGCAGCCAGGAGGCUGUGGCCCCCACAGAGCAGCAAGAGAGAGUGGGAGGGGCCUCAGUUCAGAUCCCCCGUGAAGAAACCAAGAAGCCCAUCAAGCCUCCUGUCUCUCCCAAGCCCAUCUUGCCACCCAAAACCACGGGGCCUUCCACGCCAACCACUAAAAGGGCUCCGAUUCCUGGUCCUGGAAGCCCAGAGGUGAAACGUGUCCAUGGGACUGCGCCACCCACAUCUCCAAAGCCUAUGCCACCCCCAACUGCUCCGAAGCCGAAGGUCCACCCCGUCCUCCAGUCAGUGAGUGCCAGCUGCACACCAGCACCUUCACCGGCCAAGCAGCUGACCCCCACCAUCAAGCCUUCAAGCACACCUCCUUCCCUCUGCUCCAGCCCAGCUAAGCCUUUGUCCCCUGGAGGGCAGCCUCCUCAGACAGUGCCAGUCAAGCCACCUCGCUCCUCCAUGGCUGGGCCCUCAGUGGAGAGCACCGAGAGCGUGCAUCAGAAACUGGAGGAGACCAGCGCUUCUCUGGCUGCUGCUCUGCAAGCUGUGGAGGAGAAGAUCAAGCAAGAGGAUGGACAAGCAGCAGAUUCCACUGCAGAAUCCAAGAGUACCGUCAGCAUCCUGGACGACAUCGGCAGCAUGUUUGAUGAUCUUGCUGACCAGCUAGAUGCCAUGUUGGAAUGAGAGCUGGAGAACAGUCCAGGCCAACCUCAGGAUCUGCCAUGGGCACAAGGGCACAAUCACCUCCAUGAAGAUCUUCCCUCCUCCAUUUUUUGAGGUUUGCACAAAGAAGACAAGGUUACCUCAGGAUUGUGUUGAAACAAACUGAGAUGCUUGAGAAAGGGUUUCCUCGGAACCUGUUUUGCAAAGUGAAGAGAGGAACCACAUUUGGGUUUCUUCUCCCAUCCCUUCCAAACACCCGUUUGACCUUAGAGAUCAUCACAGCAUGACUGCAGUUCUCCUCCUGCAGCGGAGUCGGAGGUCAGGGCGGCCUGGGAUGGGCAGAGCUUCCAUGGCAAUGGGAGAAAGUGAGCUUCACACUUUCUUCAGCACAGCUUUCCAGGCGAAGCUACUCCGUCCACUCCAGAGUGGCUUUCCCCCUCAUAUAUAAUACGUACGAAUUCCUUCCCCCUCUCUUCUCCGGAUCAGUCCUGAGUUGUUACUGUCCCAAUACACUAUCAAAGUAUGUGGCACAAAAUAAGUAUUAAGUCUUCUC